AUGGUGAACUUUACGCAGGUUUCACUGUUCACACUCAGCGCCUACUCUGACAUCGGGGUUCUCAAAUAUCUAUACUUCAUUAUUAUUAUGUGUUUGUAUUUUUUUAUUAUUUGUUCCAAUGUGUUGCUGAUUGUGGUUAUCUGUCUGAACAGGAGCUUACAUGAACCCAUGUACAUUUUUCUGUGCAGCCUGUUUGUAAAUGAGCUGUAUGGUAGUACAGGGCUGUUUCCAUUCCUUCUGGUUCAGGUCCUCUCUGACAUUCACACUGUUUCUGCUCCUUUUUGUUUCCUGCAGAUUUUCUCUAUGUAUACUUACGUUUGUGUAGAGUAUUUAAACUUAGCUGUCAUGUCUUAUGACAGAUAUCUCGCUAUCUGUUAUCCUCUCCAAUAUAACACACGAAUGACACCCAAAAAGGUUGCAGUGCUUAUUGGUGUAACAUGGUUAUUCCCUUUUCUUGCAAUUGUUGUGUUGAUAUCACUGAGUGCUCCAUUACAGCUGUGUGGGAACAUAAUUGACAAAGUGUACUGUGGAAACUACGCCAUAGUUAAACUGGCCUGUUCUGACACCAGGAUCAAUAACAUUUAUGGACUCUUCUACACUGUCAUCUCAAUCAUGGUUCCUUUACUUUUAAUUCUGUUCACUUACAUCAGGAUUCUCAAAAUUAGUUUUUCUGGCUCCCAACAGACGAGACAGAAGGCCGUCAGCACCUGCACGCCUCACGUCGCUUCGCUGCUCAAUUUUUCUUUUGGGGUUUGUUUUCAAGUUUUAACGAGCAGGUUUGACGUGAGCAGGAUACCGAACGCGCUGAGCAUUUUUUUAUCCUUAUACUUUCUCACAUGCCCGCCACUGUUUAACCCUUUAAUGUACGGUCUGAAUAUGUCCAAAAUCCACAUCACAUGUAAACGUCUGCUGCGUGGUGAAGUGUAG